CCUAACCCCGACUUCCUGGCUCAGAGGAAGAAAGAGAGAAAUCUCGCAAGCAACCCUAAGCCAAAGAGCGAAUCAAACGAUAUCAUACUCUCACCAUGGCUGCCGAGCUGACCUCUAUAAAGCUCAACCCGGAAAGCCAUCUGAUCUUGGACCAACCACUCCUCCGCCUCCCCCAUGAACUAGCACGACGAAACUUCAAGACCGUCCAGCGAGUAGUCGAGCGAGAGAAAGAAUAUGUACUACCUGCGCUCAAAGAGGCGGCAAACGCCUCAUUGUCCAAUACCCACACGCCGGACCAGACACUAGCAGCACUCGAUGCUAUGAUAUCUCGCAUGCAAGGACUGAAGCGGAAGAUGCAGAGCCUCCAGGAGGAAGAGAAGAAGAUCCAGACGCAAUCGAGGAAACGUAUUCAACAUCUGGAGGCGCUGUACCAGAUUCCCAGUCUCGCCGAUGUCAAGUAUGAUCAAUGGUCGCGCGUGCGUCUGGAUCGAUUGCUGGUGGACCAUAUGCUGCGGUCGGGAUACUCCGAGAGCGCGAAGCAGCUAGCUCAGGAGCGGGACAUAGAAGACCUGGUUGAUCUGGACGUCUUUACCCAGUGCCAACGGGUCGUGGAGAGCCUGCAUCGUGGAGAGACUAAAGAGGCGUUACAGUGGUGUGGUGAGAAUAAAGCUGCUCUUAAGAAGAGCCAGCACAAUCUCGAAUUCGAACUCCGGCUACAGCAGUAUAUUGAAAUGGUCCGGACACAGGACCCGUCGAAGAAAAUCGAUGCCAUUAACCACGCCAGAAAGUAUCUAGUCUCAAACCAAGACCCGGACAGCAAGGAAAUCCAACGGGCAGCAGGAAUGCUAGUCUUUGCCCAAGACACUAGGGCAGAACCAUACAAGACAUUCUUCUCACACGAACGGUGGAAGUUCCUCUCAGACCUCUUCAUCCAAACACACCAUGAGCUCUUGUCCCUACCGUCACAGCCAUUACUACACAUAGCCCUGUCCGCGGGCCUAUCUGCGCUCAAGACACCACUGUGUCAUUCGGCCUACACUUCCUCCAGCUCCAACUCCCAGUCUACGACGACAUCCGUCUGCCCCAUCUGCUCUACUGAAUUGAACGAGUUGGCGCGCAAGAUGCCAUAUGCGCACCACUCAAAGAGUUACGUGGAAGGUGAUCCAAUCGUGCUGCCUAAUGGUCGCGUCUACGGUAAGGCACGGCUACUGGACAUCAGCAAGAAUGUCGGAUCCGUCGAGUCGGGUAAGGUCAAGGACCCGACGACGGGCGAAGUCUUCGACGAGAGCGAGAUGAAGAAGGUGUAUAUCAUGUAACGAAGUAGAAGGGCAAAUUAAUUUCAUCCUGCGAAGCGGAAUGCCACCAUAUCUCGGCCAGAAUGUCAUCUGGAAUGACCUGGAAUUCAAAUCAAAUAUUCUUUUAGUUCUAUAUCCUCAGCAAAUACCAAUCUACUCACUAUCACUAUCCCCUUCUCUAGCUCUCUUCUUCUUCUUCCCACGUGGCUCCUCCGGCUUCACCUCGAACACAUACAUCCUAGCCAACCUAUCCUCCCCACGCCAUCCACCUCUCCCACCAUCCUUCCCUUCAACUUCACCCAGUGUACGCGCAUGCGAAUACCCCUCAUACUCAGCCCAGGGAAACUUGAAGCUCGUAACAACCUGUAGUCCCGCAUGACGGGCCAAAUCCUUGAUAUUCCAGAGGGUGUACGGUUCACCCUCGAACAGCGAAACGAGAAUUUGACCGGGACCGGUGCGAACGGCUUUGCCUGAAGUCUGGGCAUCGCCAUCGCCGUCUUCGUUUCCAUCUUCAUCGGAAUCAGAGUCCUCUUCGGAAUCUUCUUCCCAUUCCUCGUCUUCAUCCACAGGUGCUGGCGCCGUGGAGAGUAGGGGUACACAAGCUUUAAAAAAGGCUACCAGUAGUUCUUGGUUUGCGCGUACUUGUCGAUUGACAUCCGUAGAGAGACCGCCGACAUGUGGGAAGUUGAAACAAAUCACAUCCCACGGUCCGCUGGGUGGCGACGACACAGUGGGAGUAGAAGACUGCCCUUGCGCCUGCGCUUGGCUUUGCUGGUGGAGCUUCCAGGCUGGAAUUUUGGGUUCUUUGCGAGGGAAGCCCGUACGGAUUUCUUUGCCGCCGCCGGCUGGAGAGCCGAGCUUACGUGCGUCGACGGAGAAGAGCACCUUUGGCGUGGGUUUUUGCGUUGAGGGUGAUGUGGAUGUGGGCUGAGCAUUGGAUUCAGAGGUUUUUGCUUCCUCUGCAUCUUCGGAUGCUGAUUUGGGCUUUGGUUUUGAAGAGUCUAGGAUCUCUUGGAUGUGUUGCUCGGCUUGUGGGUAUUUGCUGAAAAGCGUCUCUUUCGAGUCGUAGCAUGUAGCGCAUAGUUUGCGGCAUUUGUAUUGUUUUGCCAGAGAACGGGCGAAAGAGAAGUCACCUG